UUGCCAUCGGACGUGACUUGUUUUUAUUAUUCACUAUUUUUAUAGAUAGAGCGGCAGGAGCAGAAGAGUCUCCCCGACCCGUCAUAAUGGACUGCAAAUCGCGACGCGGCACCAAAAUAUCGGUGAUCGCCUUGGGCAGCGCCCUCUGUUUCGUUAUGAUGGCAUACUUUGUGUUCGGCGACAGCAACGACGAGCAGGGCUUGCGGAAUCUACGCAUGAUAUCCAUACUGUUUCGACAUGGGGCCAAGAAUCCCAGUGGCUUGUAUCCGCUGGAUCCGCAUGCAGCGCACGACUGGCAGGGAGGCUUGGGAGCACUCACUCCGAAGGGCACUUUGCAAGCUUAUAACUUGGGAAAGAAUCUGCGCAUGCGCUACUACCGUCUCCUGCCCUCGAACAGCCUCUACACCCAACAGCAGGUCCAUGUGCUCAGCUCAGCUGCUGAGCGCUGUGUGAUGAGCGCCCAGAGCGUCUUGGCCGGCAUGAUGCCGCCGCUGGAGAACAAUAAUGUGUUGCCCAUACCCUGGCAGCCGGUGGCCGUGAAUACGCUGGCUCGAAAUGAUGAUAUUUUGCUGGCCCAAAAGAAACCCUGUUUGAAGUACGACCACAUCUUACAGAAGCUCUACAAGGCACCGCCGGCGGAACUACAGAAACUAAACGAGGAGAACCUGGAAUUGUAUAAAUUGCUGACCAAAAAUACAGGCAAGAACAUUUCCAAUGUCUUGGAUGUGGAGCUACUAUAUGGCACUCUGAAAACCGAAGAGGAGGCUGGCCUGGUUCUACCCGACUGGACGGAGAAUAUAUAUCCGGAGGAGAUUAAACCCUUGGCCGAGCGUAGUUAUACGCUUUUCACCGAGACCAAUCUGAUGAAGAGGAUCAAGGGUGGCGCCUUCCUAACCGAAAUAUUGUUUAAAAUGCAAAAUAAGCGAAAGAGAAACAUGAAUCCCGAUCGCAAGAUAUUCCUGUAUUCCGGACACGAUAUUACCUUGGUUAAUGUCAUGAACUCUUUGGGGAUUCUUGAUCAGACCACAAAUCUACCAGAAUAUGCCUCGGCCUUGGCCUUUGAGCUGCAUCACAGCAAGUCCUUUGCCGAUGGUGACUUUGAAGUGAAGCUGGUUUAUUACUACAACAGUGAGGACAAAUUCCCAAAGGAGCUGACCAUUCCCAAUUGCGAUGCACCUUGCUCGCUUACCCAGUUCGAGGCCUCUGUGAAGGCUUUGCUGCUGGAUAAUUAUGAUGAGACCUGUGAGAAUCAUCCGACUGACUGUAAAAAUUGAAAUUUCUUCCAUUGUUAAGCCUUGGUGAUUGUUGAAAGUACGUUUAUCUGGGGUGUAUCUUAAUCUCUGGUUAAUUCAAAGCACUUGUUAGGUUUUAUUUUGCUUUUAAGAACGGUUCAAAACCCUAAAAAGACACCAGUGGAUAGCUGAUUUAUCCACUUAUUUAAUACGUUUUGUUGUCCAGAAGAUAAACUCUUAGAGGCUUUAUCUCUUGGCUUAUUAUUUAUGUUAGGCAAUUGUUAUUGAAAUCUCCAGAAAAAUAAAAUUGAAAACACCCUGGAAUAUGUUAAGUUGUUGCCCGCAAUAAUUGUUAAACUUUAAUAAAAAUGUACAUACAUAAAUAA